AUGGAGCGGCUCAUCAAACCGGAAGCCAUCGUGGAAGCGGUGAAGGCUCGCGUCAGCCAGAUCUCCGCUCCUCAGAGAGCCCUACUAGUGGCUGGUACGCCCGACUCCGAGACCAAGGCCAUCCUGGUGGACACAAUCACCGAGGUGAUCCAAAAGAUUACGUCAGAUGUGGUGAAACACCUGCAGCCGGUGUUCAUCGAGCACCUGCGGGGUCACGCGUCCCAGGCGCAGGUAGACCUGGCAAUCGACCGGUGCAGCCCGAGGCUCAGCGAAUGCAUAACAAAGACCUUCUCAGCCGCUCUGGACGACAGCCCACCGCAGAAGUGCGAGGGCGUCAUGGAGCUCACUUCCCUCAUGGAGUCCGAGGUCAAGCACCGGGUAAACUCAGCCUUGUCGGUGGCCAAAAGCACCACUGAGUGGCCCUCGGAGCCCACCCUCCUCAUCCGAGGCACCAUGUCCAGUGUGGCUAACCUGGCCUCAAUCUUCCGCAAGGCCGUGGAAUACUUCCGACACGUGUUCGCGCGAGCUCGAACCCCGCGCCAGUUGCUGUGCGGGAGCUCUAACAUGAAGGUCAAUGAGAUGACCGACUGUGUCAAGCGGAUCCUUCUGAAGUGGUCCAACCCGAAGGAGGCAAAGGCGCCCGACAUGGUGGACCCGGUCACGUUGGAAGACGCGCACUUAGCGGCGGUCGAUAUCACCAAGACCAUCACCCAGGACACGUACGGCGGCUCCGGGGACGCAUGCGUGCGCGACGAGGCCCGCAUUACUCGCUUUAACCUCAACUGGAAGCUGAUCUUAAAGAAAGUGAAAAACUUCUUUAAGAAUCUGGAGAGGCAGUCUGGGGUGGCCGGCAAAAAAAUGCGGCGCCUGCGUUUCUUCCGAUUCGCUCGUAUGCAGUUCGCGCAAAUGCUUGGCUCGCUCAAGAGCUCCUUCAAGAACCGAGACGCGUGCCUGGUGUCCCUCACGCCGGACCGCCGUUCCCGAAGCGACGACAGCGGCAACCCAAACGUCGUCAGCAGUGACGGCCCCAAGAUGCCGGAGCUCCGGCCCGCCUAUCGGACCAGCACGCUCGCCGUCCGGCAGUCCCAGCACCCGGUCUUCAACUUCGAGUCCAUCCGGGAGAACGUGGAUAAAUUAUACAAUGAGUUCUCCCAAAUGGAUCUACCGGACCGGGCUGGGAAAGUCAAGCGGUACAUUGACGAGAAGAUCGGGAGUUUCUCGUCAGGCCUCACGUCCCAAUUGUACGCGUACAUCAUGUCGUGUCAGAAUGACGUGUACGAGGUGCCGUCGGGCCGUCCGAAGACACCUUUAAUGGACACGGUCCUCUGGGGCCGACGGGGUAAGAUCCACUGGGAUCAUCAGAUCUUCUCCCCGGAGGUGCUGUACGCCAUGACGGAGGACGCCGUGUGGCGGUUUCUGCAGCAGCUCUUCCUCUGGCUGGAGAUUGAGCCCGCCGAGGAAACCUACACGGACGAGGUGUCUGGCGCGCUCAUGGACAUCAACCAGCUGGUGGAGAAGGCAAUGACCCCGGAGACCAGUGCCAGCGAAGAACUCCGCCCAGAGGAGCAGGUGGUCCCCAAACUGGACUUGGAACAGUCCUCGGAAGCUUCCGCGUCAACGCCUCGCACCACCAGCCCGGAGGUCCGAACCCGCACGGCGGAGGUACGCACAACCACCACACCGAAAUUGCGCAUCGGUACCACGUUGGACACGGGCAACACCACCGACGAGGUGACGUCCGAGCCGGAGGCCGAACCCAUCCCGCAGGAGUUGCAAGAGAAGCUGACGCGCCUUCUGGUGUACACGCUGGUGAUGCAGCUGGACCAGAGGUUGCAACGAAAGCGCAAGACGGGCGUCGACAGCCUCGUCCUCGUUAUUGAGCGUCUCCUCUACCGGGCCCUGGAGGAGAUCAGCCCCCGCCACAUCGAGGACAUUCGGACCUUGGGGAGCAUAAACCAGGUGGUCACGCCGGUGGUGAAGGACCUCAUGGUGGAGUUUGGCACCCCGCACAGACUGGCGGAGGCUGUAUUUGCGGAUGACCCUUUGUUCGAUGACGCGGUUUUCCGGCACCUCAAGAGUCACAUCAGUGCCCUCAAAGAGCCACCCAAGCGGGCGAACAUCUUCUCCCUUCUGGUCAAAGCUAUGACCAUGCUCCGCUUCAUGGGGAGUUCCCAUUGAAGUCACUUCCUUGAUGUGGAAGUCCAUACAGUAUAUGCUGCACCUGUUUGAUAGGUUGAACAUCGACAUGACAAACCACCUGUACCAGCCAAUUGGCUUAGGUACACCUGGACAAAAUUUAUUUAAAAUAAUGCUCAGUUCUGAUUGACACUGCCAGAGGUAAUGAUUGUAUUUAUAUUGAUUAUAGUGAAGAGUUGAUGCAAUACACCAUUAAUAACCUCAUUUAGCUACACGAGGCUCGAAAUAUUUGACAAGGCCCACAGUGUAGGGCAGACACCUACAGAUUAUAUAACUGAUUACAAUAUGGAUGUAUCUCAGACUACACAUCACUGAGCAACAAAAUUUCAAUAUGCUCAAUUUAUGACCUUCACAGAGGAAUCUAUUUGGUCUAUGUGCCCCUUAUGGCUCCUUAAUGGGUCCUUAAUUUCCAGUGGUAAAAAUCUUCCCAAACUCAAAGGCAAGAGCACGAGCUUUUGAUGUGGUCAUUCAUGCAGUUAUGAAAACAAAACCGCCCCACACAGUGACCAUGAAGUCAAAGUAAAACAAAAUAUGCAGUUCAUUUAUUUUGAAAAUUGUGCUUUUAUGUGCACACUUGUAGCUGCUCGUACAAGAGCUACGAAUUGUUUUGCGGUCUUGAAAACGUAGAGACAUUUUUGCUAUAUUUAGCUAUGGUACAACAAAGGAGACAAAAAAAUAACAAGCAGUCCCAACUUGUUUCUGUACCAAUACAACAAACAAAACAAUGUUUUUUCUAAAGACAAACUUACAAGUUGAUUUUAGCAUGUUAGCGUGGCCCUCGACAAGCGUUCCAGUUUCUCAUGUGGUCCCUUUGCAAAUUUAAUUUCCCACCUUUGGUGUUGCAGGAAAGCACACCACUGUAAACUACAGUAAUAAACCUUUCUGACAGUGUCAAUUAAAACAGCAUACAGGUAUUUUGUACCGAAUUUUCCAGCAUUGAGGCCAGUAAGUGCCCAUGGAUAUUUAUUUGAUUCAUUAUAAAUCCAACAUUUUUCAUUCAGAUAUUA